UAUUACAGAUUAAUCCAAAUUGCUAAUUGUUUCAGAAAAAAUGAGUUUGAAAGAAAAUAAUCUAGAAAAGGAGUUAAGAUUGUAUAAAGAACGAGGAAAAGAAAGAGGAAAGGAAAAACAAGAUGAAGAGAGAGAAUGGAUGGUGGCAUCAGAAUCAGAAGAAAUAUAUGAUAUGCAGCCCUACGAGAAUACUAGGGAUUUGGAAACUGGUGGGGAGAUAAGUCUUGAAACUGAAUUGAUGCAUCAAAAGUACUUGGAUAAUCUUAAAGGAGAGAAGAAAAACCUGGACUAUUACAGGAGGCUAAAUAUUGUUCUACCAGAAAAUCAGGCCUUUGCUGAUGAAAUUAUGCCUGUAUGGGGUCUGUUUUUAUUUUACUUCGCAUACUAACAGAAUUAUUAACCCAGAGAAUUAACUUUAAUCAGUGAACUACCUCUUAUAUUAUCCCAAUCUUCUUUCCUU